AGGGUUUUUCUUCCCAUCGGCACAAAAUCUCCAGGGAAGUAAGAGGAGGUGGGAUUUGAUAGCAGCAGCAGCAGCAAAAAUGGUGGAGAAGGGUAAGCCCAGGAAGGAGGAGGUUGUCACCAGGGAAUACACCAUCAAUCUGCACAAGCGCCUCCAUGGAUGCACCUUCAAGAAGAAGGCACCAAAAGCUAUAAAGGAAAUAAGAAAGUUUGCCCACAAGGCAAUGGGAACAACUGAUGUCAGAGUUGACGUCAAAUUGAACAAACACAUUUGGAGCCGUGGAAUCCGAAGCGUACCACGAAGAAUCCGUGUUCGCAUUGCACGAAAGAGAAAUGAUGAUGAAGAUGCCAAGGAGGAGCUUUACUCUUUGGUAACUGUUGCCGAAAUUCCAGAUGGAGGGUUGAAGGGAUUGGGCACCCAAGUCAUCGAAGAGGAAGAGUGAAACUUUUCUGUCUCGAAUCAUUUACUAAGUUAAAUUUUGCAUUACCUCUUUGGUCAUCUAUCUUUAGAGAAACUCAUAGGAAGGAUAUACUGAGACUUGUUAAUGCAAUUCUACCUGGUUUGAGACAGGUAUUCUCAUGACGCAACUUGCUCUAUCUGUAGCUUGUCUCCGGGAAGUGCCACAGUUUUAUGUGCUUGUUUUGGACAGAUUUGAUCUUCUACUAACAUGCAUGUCCUGCUGGAUUUUCUAAGUGCAUUACGUGCACUGUUUAUGCAAUUUUGAGUGAUA